AUGUCUUGUUCCGAGACCCCAAUGGCAAACAGCUCGCAGGUUGCGUUCAACACCUCUUACCUGUGCCAAACGUCAACCACAAGAGUAGUCCUUCCCGUUAUCUACACCCUGAUGUUUCUCACUGGCCUGCCUGGCAAUGCUAUCUCUCUCUGGGUGUUCAUGAAAAACAUCACCACCAAAACGUCCACCCACAUAUACCUGAUAAACCUAGGAAUCUCCAACCUGAUUCUCUGCCUUACCAUGCCAUUUCUAGCAGCAUACUAUGCACUUGGAAACAAGUGGGCUAAAAAAAACACUAUGUGCCAAAUAGCGAUAAGUGGUCUAACUCCAGUGCUCCACAUUAACAUCUGCAUCGGUGUGAUGAUACUAAGCUGGGUGGCCUUGAGUCGCUUUGCGUCGCUGAUUCAGCAUUCACACGCCAACCGCCCAAGCAGGUGGCUCAAAGUCCUACCCAGUGCCUUUCUCAAUAGAACACAGCAAACAAAAUUGGCCUACGUGUUGUGUCUGGUCACGUGGAUUAUUGUUGGACUUGCUGUCAUACCCUUUGUUGUGCUGUACUCAAUCAGGGAUACUGUGAACGUGGAGGAAGACAAAAAUCAAGUGUGUUACAGCCUAGAGGUGGAGGUGGGCGGAGCUGGAUCUCACAUCUUUGCCUUCGUGGCCAUUUCGCUUUUCUUCGUCUUCUUCCUUUUGGUGUUGAGUUCCUACAUGGCGGUGAUCAGGCACAUCUGGAGGUCCAAGAAAAGCACCGCUAUCUCCGACAGACAGAGAGUUUACGCCAAAGUGUUUCGUAAUAUCGUCAUCAUCAAGCUAGUGCUGGUGGUUUGUCUUUUGCCUCAUCACGUAUAUAAAGCGAUCUUUAUUAACAUGGUCAACGAACAAUUGUUGUCUAAAUCACUCCCAAGAGGUGCUUGUCAUGCCCUGUCCGUGCAGGUGGAGGUAAAGAAUGUUCUUCUCUGUUUAGCAACGCUGCGAUGUAGUACGGACCCUAUCAUGUACAUCCUGCUGGACAGAACGUUUCGUAAAUACACAAUUAGACUGUUGAGAGUACACCCCAGCACACAUGAGAGGCACUCAUCCAAAUCCUAGGGAGGACAAGCCUCUCAAGCAACUGUGGACCUGUGUAUAUUAACUGGUUGCAAUUCUAACUGCUUUGAUAAACACAUCACGACCUCAUACUCUGUAAAUACAUACCAUUGAACUAAAUAUCGAAUUGCCAUGUUAUCCUAACGUCUGUACACAAAACAAGAUGUGUUCCUCGCUAACAGCACUGAUGCUCAAUGAUGGGCAGCACAAUCAAAUCUGCACAAUACAGCUGUUUUAAAAGUGCUGUUUAAAGCCAAAAGAUGACCACCACACAAUGUUUUUUGUGUCUAAUGUACUUUGCACAAAGUUAAUUAUUAAAUUAUAUUGAAACUUCCAACACAGGACUGUUUAUGUACUAUACCAGCAUUAUAUUCUGUCUACUUGAAAAUGGGAUGAAGGCAGAAUGUGCAAGCAACACUUUCACAUGAGAAGUAGUGUUCAUUCCGGCUCAUGCAUUAGAUCUCAUACCUCUUUUC